AUGCCUCAGUAUAGCACUUUCACCAUUCCCAAAGAAGGGAUAUCGCGAGAGGUGGUCGAGGCAGAUUUGCCCUACUACCUUGGCCGGGAUGCCAAGGUAAUGGAGAAUAGUAAAGGCGACCGAUAUGUCAUUCAGGCAUUUUCCGAACCGCCGAGGCACAUGAUCACAUCUCUGCGAGAUGACACAGCAAGAUGGCAUAGCAGCGAUGACCGCCGGAGACGAUUGCGCUACUCGGAAAGUCGAAUCCAUCAAGACCGGAAGCGGGCUUGUCGUGGGCAGGCCGAUCCUCAACCUCAACUGACAAGGCACAACUCCCGUGACGCGACCUCAGGGCAUGGUCCUACCGCGAUAUCUCCAAUUCCCGUGCCUCCAAGACCCCCUCUGGCGCCACGAUAUAGCUCAAGCAAUGGCUCGGUCUAUGGGUCAAUGCAAGUUUCGCCGGGUUCCAACUUUGAAAGCAUUUCUCGGUGCCAGUCGAGGCGGGAGUCAGAUGCCAUGUCGUCCCUGGAUGGCGGCAUGAUCAGUCGGACAAUGUCGGCGUCAAGUGUCUCCAGUAGCUAUGGGACGAAUGGGACGUAUGGCUUCAACAAGGACCCGCCAGGUGGCCGCAAUGGUGAAUGUAAGACUCGCCAAGUCCCAAGGAGUUGA